GGCCGGGUGGGUGGGGCGGCCGCCGCCGAGCGCCGUCAGUGCGGCUGGAGCGGUCAGCAGGCAUGUACAGCAGCUGGGGAGCCGCGCUGGGGGCCGUCGUCUCCGUCCCCGUCCUCCUCCUCGUGGCAGCGCCCUACAUCAGGAGGUAUGUCGCUGGCGGACAGUGCAAGUCAACAGCCAGGCUGGAGGGGAAGGUGGCCAUAAUCACAGGAGCCAACACGGGCAUCGGGAAGGAGACGGCCAGGGACCUCGCCCGAAGAGGUGCGAGGGUGAUUGUCGCUUGCAGAGACAUAGCAAAGGCAGAAGCUGCGGCCAGUGAAAUCCGAGCUGAGACAGGGAACCAGCAAGUCAUUGUGAAAAAACUGGACUUGGCUGAUACAAAGUCCAUCCGGGAGUUUGCUGAGAAAUUUCUAGCAGAGGAGAAGGAACUCCAUAUUCUCAUUAAUAAUGCUGGCGUAAUGUUAUGCCCGUACUCCAAGACUGCCGAUGGCUUUGAGAUGCACCUGGGAGUCAAUCAUCUUGGUCAUUUUCUCUUGACCUUCCUAUUGCUGGAGUGCCUGAAGCGGUCUGCCCCGGCCCGCAUAGUGAACGUCUCCUCACUGGCUCAUCACGGAGGCCGAAUCCGCUUCCAUGACCUCCAUGGUGAGAAGAGCUACAAUCGUGGCCUCGCCUACUGUCACAGCAAAUUGGCUAACGUGCUCUUCACCCGGGAGCUGGCAAAGCGGCUACAAGGCACUAAAGUCACAGCAAACGCUCUCCAUCCUGGGUCUGUACAUUCUGAGCUUGUCCGUCACUCGUUUGUAAUGAUGUGUCUGUGGAAGAUAUUCUCAUUCUUCUUGAAGACACCUCAGGAGGGAGCUCAGACCAGUGUCUACUGUGCAGUAGCAGAAGAGCUAGACUCUGUGACAGGCCAGUAUUUCAGUGAUUGCCAGCCAGCAUACGUAUCUCCACGGGGUCGGGAUGAUGAGACGGCAAAGAAGCUCUGGAGCGUGAGCUGCGAGCUCCUCGGCAUCCAGUGGGACUGAGUGGCGCAGACCUCAAGUGUGUACCUGGCGGAGCCCAGCGAUGGUUCUCCUGGGAAGAGCAUAGCUGAGAAACCUCAAGAUGUGGGCUCUCAUCAUGAGAUAUUUCAGCUGCCCUCAUGAUGUCUCUGUGAACACAAUCUAAAGUGAAUUUCUGGAAUAUUACACUUAAGGAUUGAGAUUAGUAAGCAACCAGUCCCCCUUCCUAGCUGGAGAAUUAGAGCACCAAUGCAGGGAGCAACUGUUACUUGGUAUCUCACGCAACAGCCAGAGGCAGCUGUUCUCUGGCUUUAGAAUAGAAAUGGAGGUUGCCGUCGUAGCUUUAGAUUAUGAAGUAACAAAGAAUUAACUUUCUUAAUUUUUUUUUUGCCUAACAGUAAUAGUAAAGAGCUAGGACUCUAAACUUAUCAUCUGUGAGGUUAUUUUCAGCUCCUACUAUUUGACCUGGCAGAGUGAACGUACUUUAAGAAUUUAGGUUUUUGCAAUACAAAUGCUCUCAAGAACACAGAAACAGGUGCUGGCCUUUUUGUAGCAUUAGGUAACAUUUUUGAGUGGAAUCAAUUAUUUUUUCACUAUAUUCUCUCUAAGAAACUGGACCCUAGGCCACUGAAGUAUCUUGGCCCCAAAUGCAUAUUGACUGCAGUAAGUUAACCGAGGGUUGGCAUAUUUUUUGAGAACCCAGCUCUCAGGGCAGGCGACUGGGAGGUGAAAAGCCACAGGAGUGCCACGGUUGUGCGUAGGCAAGUUGCUAAGAAAAAUUAACCUCUCUCCUGUGAAGCAUUGAGCAAAGAUGGUGUAAAAGUUGUCACAAUAAACCCCCCAGCUGCACUUUAAAUGACUUUAGAACCUAGAAAAGAGAGCAGAAUGAGUAAAGAACAUCUCAGCUAUGUUAAAAAAAAAAACCAAACCCAAAACAUUAAACAACUUCAGCUGAGACUUUAGCUUUAAAUGACAGCAAACUACCUAGAGCUAAAUAGCAGAAGCAGAGGUCGGGACCAUAGUAUCAAGAUAGUCAAGUUAGCUACAGUACAGGAAAGUAAGAUUUGCACAGAAAUCCUUAUGUUUGUCUGCCCAGCAGUUACUGGCCUUGUCUGGCCAAGGCUGGCAGGCUGGCCUUGCAGUACCAUACAGCCUGCUCUUCCAAAAGGCAGCUGGGUCAAUCUAUGUAGCAAUGGGAAUGCUCCAUUGGAGCUCUAGAACUACUUGGUGCAAAAUGCUAGAGUGCAGUCCAUAAUUGGAGAUUAUUUCUGAAAGAGUUAAGCAGUUAGAAAACAAGUACCAUAGCUCAUAAGAUUAUCUUCUGCUUCUGAAUAGAAGUCCAGAAGUUUUUGGACCUGCAUAUGAACGUGCCACUGUGACCAACUGCCAGUUUUGGGAAACAAAUGUUAAUUUUAUGAUUAAUUUUUUCUGUCUGGAUGCUAUCUAUGCAGAUCAGUCCUGUGCUACCUCUGAGCAAUACUAAAUAAAGCCAUUUCCUUUUUAUAA